AUGGAUACACUUUUAACAGCGGACAUUGUUGUCAAUUCUCCUCGAUUUCGGCGCAAGUCGUCGACGUUUGUCGACGCCAUCCACGACUUGCCUGAAAAAGCCGACCUCGCCCCAGCCCAGCUUUACAGUACCGAGUCCGGUAGACUUUUCCACUCCGGCCGGAUUGUCAUUAUCACUGUAGGGCUUCCCGCGAGGGGCAAAACGCACAUGUCAGUAGCGAUGGCACGGUAUCUUCGAUGGCUCGGAGUAAAGACCCGGAUAUUUCAUCUGGGAGAUUACCGACGAGCUACUAUCCCCCAUGGCCAGGAUAUUCCUGAUGACUACUUCUUUGUAAAUGCGUCUGCCUCUUCUGUCCUACUACGGCAGAAGAUCGUGAAGCGGUGCCGGGAAGAUAUCUACCAGUUUCUAAACGAGGAAAAUGGUCAGAUAGCAAUAUACGACGCUGUGAAUCCAUCAGCUGCCGGACGGAGGUCCCUUGCCAAUGAGUUUGCCAAACAUGACAUUGAGACACUAUUCAUUGAAUCAUGGUGUGAUGAUCACCGCAUCAUCGAGGAGAAUGUCCGGAGAGUAAAGAUAUCAUCACCAGACUAUGUUGGAUGGACUGCAGAAGAUGCUGUGAAACACUAUCUUGCUCGGAUAUCUGCCCGUAUCCCCCAAUUUCAUACAAUGGAAGAAAAGGAUCUGAACUAUAUCAAAAUGAUCAAUGCAGGAGAAAGACUAAUUGUCAACAACAAAAGCUUUGGUUAUCUUUCGAAUCGGAUCGUUUUCUAUCUUCUCAAUCUACACAUCAAAUCUAGGCGCACAUAUUUUGCCCGGGCGGGCGUCUCGGUGGACGCGAAUUCCUACAAGGCAGAUGGGCCUCUGUCUGAAAAAGGUCAAGACUACGCUAGGAAGAUGAGCGAAGCUCUGUUAAGAGAUAGAGAGUCCGACAAGCAAGCAAUCAUUGAACAGGGGGAGACAGAUUUUGAGCAUAAGCCUCUGACCGUCUGGACUUCUACAAGACGACGAACGGUCGAGACUGCCAAGUUUCUGCAUGAAAAGGGGUACAAAGUUCGACAGAGAUCGCAACUGAGUCAAUUGAAUCCCGGUGUUUGCGAACUCAAAUCAGAAAAGAGAAUUCGAGAAGAGUACCCAGAAGAGGUGGCCAAGCAUGAUCUUGAUCCCUAUCAUCACAGAUAUCCCCGUGCAGAGUCAUACCAUGACCUUGCUGUGCGGCUUGAGCCUAUCAUCUUGGAACUUGAGCGUGAACAGAAUGACCUACUCAUCAUCGCUCAUGAGAGUGUUCUUAGAGUUUUGUACGGUUAUUUGAUGGCCUGUAAUGCCGCAGACAUUCCCUUUUUGGAAUUCCCCCGCGAUGAGAUUAUCGAGAUCAUCCCCGAGAGUUACCAGAACGAGGCGCGCAGAAUCCAUAUUCCUGAUCUUCCAGAGGAGAUCAUUCCCGGCUCACCAGAAGAUAUCAAGAUUCCAGUCCCGCCGAGCGGACUCAGCUCCCCGUCCGUGCAGGGAAUAGGGACUCCCAGAGAUGGUAUGUCAACGCCGCAGGCUGGCACACGGACCCCUCGCGAGCCCGAGAGAAUCUCUCAGCAACACGUUGAAGAUGUGGUGUGA